GCCGGCUCGCUGUGUCACAGAGAGUCCCCUUAAGCCUACACGACAACUCGGUGCCUUUGUGACCAUUUUAAUCGCACAAUGCCCGCUCUGUGUGUGCUUUGCCUCGCCGCUGUGCUGGCUGCGUUCGCCCGGCUGGCCGGCACCGUGGGGCCGGUGGUCCGGUGUGAGCCGUGCGACGCCGGGUCGCUGCUGCAGUGCAAGCCGCUGCCAAAGGAGUGCGCGGAGAGGGUGCGGGAGCCCGGCUGCGGCUGCUGCAUGACAUGCGCCCUCACCGAGGGGCAGGCGUGCGGGGUGUACACGGCGCGCUGCGGCUCCGGCUUGACGUGCCAGCACCAGCCGGGAGAGAUCAGACCCCUGCAAGCUCUGCUGGAGGGACGGGGAGUGUGCGCCAGUGCCGCGUCCAAAAAACUCAACAGCAUUCUUAUACCUGCGCAAAAACAAGAGAACAACGUUGGAAAUCAGGUAGAUGAAGAAUGUGCUAACAUGACUGCAGUGGUGACGGUGCUGCCUGGGUUGGCCACUGCGGAAGGUGGGGGGCACGUUCGAGGGUCGAUGGAUGCCAGACCUCCCCCGCACAACAAACUGAUCAAGAAAGAUCAAAGCAGGAGGAGUCAAAGCUACAAGGUGGAAUCGGUGUCAGGAGGAGCUAAUACAGACAUGCACAACUUCUCCCUGGAGAACAAGAGGGAGAACGAGUAUGGGCCGUGUCGGCGGGAGAUGGAGAGCAUCCUGAACAGCCUCAAAAUCAGCAGUGUGCUCAACCCGAGAGGCUUCCGCAUACCCAACUGUGACAGAAAGGGCUUCUACAAGAAAAAACAGUGUCGUCCGUCCAAAGGGAGGAGGCGGGGCUACUGUUGGUGCGUGGACAAAUUUGGACAGCCUCUGCCUGGCUAUGAUGGCAGGGAGCGCGGCGAGACGCAGUGCUACAACCUGGAGAGCAAAUGAAACACAGAGGGACAAGAAGGGACAGAGAGCAGAGAGAGAGAGAGGGAGGAAGUGUGGAGAAACGGGGGGAGAGAGAGAGAGAGAGCGAGAGAGAGAGAGCACUUACUUUGCUCUUGCAUGUAGUUUUCUGUAAAAAUUUGAAGGAUUCUUGGACAUUUUGGUCCGAGGGAGGGGACUGGCCAAGCUUCCUGUCUAUCAAAGCUCUCAGUCCCGUGCUUUGGGAACCUCUAUCCUUUCUAUAACAGAAAAAAAGCUGAAAGAGUGAAGAAAGAAUGAAUCCUAUCAUCUGCACUAUUCUUUUAGAGAGAGGGGAAGAAGGGACUUUUCCACUCACUUUUAAAAGAGGACUUGUUUGUGACUGUGACAACAAAAACGCACCACCACCGUGUCUGUGUGUCUGUCAGUGUGUAACCGCAUGUGUUGGCGUGUCCUUAUGCUUGAGCAUCUAUGCACCUGCAAAACAUAGGCAUACUCGUGCACAGCUGCAUGUCUGUGCAUGAUGGCAUUGUGAGUGUGGUUUCCUGAAGCGCUCCGUUGUGUCAAUUCUACGUGCCGCUAAGCUCAGUUCGGAGGCGUUUGAAAGAUGAUCUCCAGCCCUGUGCUCUGUUCAUCAGCAAUGCAGAAACCAUAUGUGGCUCAGGGUCCAGUUCAAAGUGAAGCUUUGACUUGUGUCGCGUGUAUUUGGCACCAAAGGGUCUUUCUUCUCACCAUUCUGCAGGGACAAGGGAAGGGAAACAAGCCGUGAAGUUCCAGUGCCUUCAAACCGAACAUCUCCACGUGGUCUUCCCUUCAGUAGACAUUAAAGGUUCAGGCCCCAUGAGGACAGUAACCACCACUCACCGCCUGUAUGCAUGAAACGGGUCUCUGCAAAGUUUGUGUUGAAGCGCCCUCAAAGAACAUGGCAGCUGUUGGUCGUUCAUGGCGACACACACAGCAGCACUUACGAUGGAUUCCUAAUGGGACUUCCAAUCACAUUAAGCUGUUUGCAAGACGAAUUUCACCAAAGUGGCCCAGUGUGAUUGGUGAGGCUGGAGGCUGGAUGCUUCCUGCUACAGCUGCAAAUUUAAACAAUUUAGCAAAAUCAUUAACUGGGUAGGAGCCUGAAUGAAUCCAUGAGCAUAUAUGAGCCAUGUAUUGUCACUCCCAACUCGUCAAAUAUUGACAUUCGGUCAAAACGAACCUUUUGCAUGAAAAUAUUAUGAAUUGGUAUGAGUAAGAUACAAGUUCAAUAGCCUUAUUCUCAGAGCAGCUAAAUGCUGAUUAGUCUGGUUGCAAAGACACAUUGAUGCAUAUCGAUGUAUCGAUUCGUCAACGAGCCAGUAUGACUGAUGCAAAGUGAAAAUCAUUCCUUUAUGUUGAAAUUCUAUCCAUGUGCAUGUCCUUCCUGAACAUUCAGAUAGAGGUAGUGGCCUACUGCCAUUAGAUCCCUUUCUUUAACUGGGAACUGAAAGAACCACAGAAGACUUUGUGAUAUUAGCAAAUAUUGUAUCAUCAUCCACAGAGUCAUUAUAAUAUCAUAUCUGGAGUAAAUUUGUGAUGUCCAGGUACAGCUGCUUCAAGUGUUUGAUAACUUAAGAAUGUUUCUCACAUGCACUUGAAGUCUGAACUCAUAUAGACAUUACCCAGAGGAUCAAGAAACAGUUGGAUAGAGAAAUAGUUGGAUCAGACACUGGCUUCAACCUGCCAGUUCAGCAAAGUCUGUGUCCCAUGUCCAUAUACCACAGAACACUGUCUGCAGGAUUCACAAUGGAGCAAAUGGGUGUGUUGAUGACAUUUCCGUUCAUCAGUUGAGAUUUUGCAGUGUACUUUGUUGUUCGUGUCCUGCCUCCUAUACACUCUACCUAUUCUAAACCUUUUUGGUAGAAUGACCUAAGCAGUGGGUCACCCCUCUGAGUCUGGUCUGCUUGAGGUUUCUUCCUCAAUAUCAUCAGAGGGAGUUUUUCUUACAAUUGUCGCCUGUGUGCUUGCUUUAGAGAGGUUGAUAAGGUUUGACCUUACUUGUGUGAAGCGCCUUGAAGCAGCUCUGUUGUGAUUUGGUGCUAUAUAAACUAAAUAAAUUAAAUUGAACCUCGACUCACUGAAACUAACUGAACUAGCUAUCACACAGCUAUCUUUAAAAGAAGACUGCUGAGUUCGUAUGUGAAGAAAUCAUGUUUCAUGGUUUCUCCGGAGUAUCCACAGGUACAAAAGGAGCAAUUAUUUAGCAAGACCCAGAUGAGGUGUAGUUCUGCCAUGAUGACUCAGAAGACAAGAAAAAGUUAAAUAAUUUAAUCUAUAGUGAUACUGUAGAAAAUGUUAGAACAGUCUGUGAUGGACAUCCUUGUCAUGAUGGUGUUGAGGUACAUAGAUCUCUAACCCUGCCAUCAGAAGAAGGCAGGAGUUGAGCCUACCUCGGCCUCAGACAGAGACCAACUGGUGAAGUUGGGGUGGAGGAGGUAGUAUUAAGGUCAGCGACUGCAAACAGCAAAGAUGUUAGAAUAGAUGUUUUAAAAUAAUGUGCGUUUCCUGUUGAUCGUGACUUUAUGACUGAAAGGGGAACCAGCCUCUUCUUAUUAGAGAUUACAGCUGUUCCUAAUUAGGAUAAUCUGACUGGAAGCUUUGAAAUCUGAGUCUUCCUGACAGCACAUACACUACACGGCAUUACUUUGAUUGUGAGGGAAUGUCAGUUACGAGGUUGUGGCCAUGUGGCACCUUUGGUUGAGUAUAAUGAAGCAAGCAGGUGCCUCUGUGCUCAGGAAACUAGAAAUUGAGCAACGCCAAGGGGAAAACCAUGAGUCACCUGACUGUGGUAGAUCAAUGUCUCGUUUCUAGACACAGAGAUGGGCUGCUGUUCUGGAUGGGUGGUUACCAAUCAGGAUCCAGGGACGGUCAGUAGGAUUGUGGUUGCAGAAUCCAGCACAUGCUGCUAGACUUGGCCCAAUACCUUUUUACUGCCAGCCAGUUCCUGAUUUUACUAAAUAGCUGAACUGUAUGGAAACACAGUAGCCAUUGCAGGUCCUACAGGAAGACACUCCAUCACCAACCCUUCAUUCUCACCCAUUCAGACAGACACUUGAAUAAAAUUUGUGUUGGAACUUCACAGUUUGAUAGAGUUUUGAAUUCACUGGGGUGGAUUAGUCUGUCCGAUCUUCAUUUCCCAAAACCCCAACGGGUCUGGGUUUGUUCAAGCGCCUGUCUCUGUCCUCCACUCCCAUAUAGUUCUGUCUUUGUGCCUAACUUGUCCUUGUCUCUAAUCCCCCCUAAUCCAGAUCUGUUUCCCUCUCAUGCUUAUCUGUCAUUGGUGAAACCUAGUGUAGGUUUUUUUUAAGUGAGUGAGCCCAGUGUGACCCACUCUGCAGGUGCCAGCUGCCCCUAUGCUUCAAGCCCAAGCACAAGCACUUAAAGCACUUUAGCUGCGCCGCUACCUGUCAAUGCAUGCAGUUAAAGACAAUUGGACCUAUCUGCAGCUGCAUACCUUUCCUCAGAGGUAAUGUUAUAGAUGAAACUGUGCGAUACUGUAAGAAAACAUCCUCGGAAGAAAAGAAAAAUAAAAGCAAAGCUACACCGGGACUUCUGACAGCGGACUUAGCAAACACCCCUCUUCCAUUCAGUGCAACUAUUUUCUUUUUGUUGUUGCUUGUUUUUGUGCUUCUUUGAAAACGCUUGUAUGAUCAUAUGCCAACAAACCUCCACAAAGUGGACACAGCACCACAUAUGCAUUCACACGAGCGGCAGGGGGUCCGGAGGAGGAGGAGGCGCGGCCCCUGGCGGAGGAGGAUGCUCUCCCAAAUCCUGUGUAAAGACUUGAAGCGCGGAGAGCAGCGGCAGAGAACGCUCGCCCAGUAGCUCGAUAGCACGGAAUCGGCCGUAUCCUCCAGAGAAGGCAACAACUUACAACCAACCUGUUGGUGCUACAUCCCAUCGACACAAAGACUGGACACAUAGGGAGGAUUGUAAAAACAUGAUUAAGCUAUUCACUCCUUAUUAUGUGUAUAUUAUUAUUAUUAUUAUUAUUGUUGUUGUUGUUUUCUGGCCAGCUACGUGUCUGACAUCAUGUACAGUACUUAAAAAUAAAGCUAUUUAUCGAAGAAAGAACUAUAAGCUGAUCCAAACUAGGUUUUUAUGUACAAUUCAGUGACUCGCCGAUUGCACAGUAAAGUCUUUAUAAUUCAGUGUAUUUUGGGGAAUAUAAUCACUAAUAAUUUUUUAUGAACCUUUUCCUUAUGUUGCUCAGCUGUUGAGUGUUUUUUUUUUUUUAAUUCAUAGGUUAAUUCUGUCAGUUGGGCACGCUGGUCACCUUGUUUCAUAUAAGGCCAGUGAACCUCUCCGUGCGUCACUUUUCUCCAUGCAUGCCCUGUCAUCCCACUUUAUCAUUCAGAGCCAGGGUCAUGUCUCUGGGACGCUUUGACAUUUUAUUUUAUUUUAUUUUAUUCCUCCUCUUGCUGGUCACUUAAGAAUCUCUCUGUUCACGGGUAAAUGUAUUUUGGGUUUUAAUUUCAACUUUAUCCUUCAAAGAGUUUUUGAUUCAAACUUUUCGUGUUACUAAACUGAAAUUACACAGCUAUUAUUUUCUCCGAGAAAUGAAUCUGAUUCAGAUAUAAUUUGUAUUUAAUGUCUUUUUUUUUUAAAUAAAUAAAUAAAACAAAGAAUGAACUCAUUUUAA